CAGAGCUUCCAUGAGACGGGAGUCUUCCACGAAUGUCAUUACUUACAUCUGUACAAUAAAGUAAAGUUAUACAUAAAAGGACCCUAAGAUGGAAAUAUUGGUAAAUACUGAAGAUGAUGCUCGUCAAGUUUCUAUACCUGGUGUACCUUGUUGUGCCUUUGGGCAUUGUUAGAUGCGGGUCGGACAAAAUAAUAAAGCCUAUUUUGGCGUGCCGCCUCUGUGAUCCCAGUCCUUUAUGCCUGUACGGAGAAGAUUUUGAUCAGUAUGGAUGUCCUACUUGUAACUGCAGUGACCCAUGCAAAGGUCAUAUAUGCCUUGAAAAUGAAGUAUGCAUUAUUGAAGAUCUGAUCUGUACUAAUCCUCCAUGUGGAAUAAAACCCAAAUGCGUUUGCAACUUAAGAUGUCCUUAUGGAUACGAAACCGAAUGCAGUGGCUGCCAAGUUUGCAAAUGUAAACAUCCAUGUCGGGAUAUAGUCUGUCCCUCUGGCCAGUACUGCGCAGUUGAAUUCACGAAUUGUACAAAAAUUUCAUGCUUUCCUACUCCCGUCUGUAAAAUAAUUGAAAGGUGCUUUAAUGACCAGGGUAUACCUAUUAAUUGUGCAAUACUACUUCACGCAUAAGAAGUACAUUAUUUGCUCCAAAUUGCAAAGACUCGAAGUAAGGAUCUAAGUAUGUUGAUGGGUUCCACAUUUAGUGCUAAUGGAUUUGGUUUUGUUUGUAUGUUCUGGUUUCUGGUUACAAUUUCAAUAGUUAUUUUCUUCAGCAAAAUAAUGAAUAAAAAUGUUUGU